AUGGACUGGCUUGGACAUGCCAGAAUCAACUUCACACACGCGCCAUCGCCAGUGUCUCUUAAGGAGAAAGAUGGUGCUCAGACUGACCUGCUGAAGGUCUGCGAGAAGGUCACACCGCCAUGCCAGAUGAACCCGCUCCUCUUCAAUGGUCAUCUGCAGACAAUGUGGACGGCCACCAAGCAACAUGGGCCACCAGUAUACUAUCGCCGAAAGGUCUUCCAAGCCGAGGACAAGGCAUUUGAGGGCACAUUCGCCGUUGACUUUGUAACGGCGCCCUUCGAGGAUACGGAUAGCACUUUGCCGCCGCGGACGAAGUAUUUUGAGGAUCAGGACUUUGACGCCCUGGCUUCGGAUGACGAUAGGCCCCAGCUGGUUGUUCUCCACGGCCUUUCCGGUGGCUCUCAUGAAAUAUACCUGAGACACGCCAUUGCACCAUUAAUUGACUCGGGAAAGUGGGAGGUGUGCGUGGUGAACUCGAGAGGUUGCGCAAACAGCAAGUUCACCAGUGGCAUCUUGUACAACGCCAGAGCGACGUGGGACUUCCGCCAGACGAUCAAGUGGUUGAGGAAGAAGUUUCCGAACCGGCCCCUGUUUGGCUUAGGAUUCUCGCUCGGCGCCAACAUGUUGACCAAUUACUGCGGAGAGGAGGGCGUCAACUGUGAGCUAACAGCCGCUAUCGUGUGCUCCAACCCCUUCAACCUCGAGGUCGCAAACAAGGCAUUGAAGCGGACGUUCCUCGGCAGAGAGGUAUAUCAGAGAGUCAUGGGAAGUUAG